UCUUUGCCUCCCCUGACACACGAAAGCGGAAGUACACCGGAAUGAAAUCUCGCGUCGUCUCGGUUUAAGAGCUCUCUGCCUCGCUGUCAACCAACCGCGAAAGUUUGAAGGAGUUUGUUGUUUCGUAGUCAGAGGCUGGUAGAAAUGGCGGCGAGAGAAAAGCCUCCCAAGCACCGUCAGAAGAAUGAAAAUAGCACGUUUGAAACGUCCAGUCUAAACUCCACCGUCGUCGAAGGAAGGCUGUUUGGCAAAGAGGUGGAGGACGAGGACGAGGACGUUGACGACGGCCCCGUUGUCUUCAUCUGUGGGAAGUGCAAGCUGCCUGUCGGGGAUUCAAUGUCCUGGGAUGGAGGCGAAGACGGCCAAAACCAAAUAAGACUGAAGCGGGUCACCCACAACGUUUUGAUUGGAAAGGAAAAUCGCCUGUAUGAACUGAACAAACGAUCCGUCUGCAGUCUGGUUGUGGAUCUGGUCUGUAGAGGCUGCCACACGGUGCUUGGUAUGGUUUACACAUCGACACCUAAAAACCUGGACCACAGGAGAUUUACAUUCUGUCUCAAUGUCGGGGACAUCGACAGCUACGUGCUUGGCUCUGCAAGCCAGAUGUUGGCAGCAGAGGGCCCCAAAGAGCUGCCGGUCACACUGGAGUACAGGGGCAUUGUUGAACAAGAGCUGACAGAGAUGAAAAUGCUGGUCAUGUCCAUGGCACACAAGCUGGAGGAGAUCGAAACUGGCCUUCAGUAGGGAGGUGACGAGGCAUGACACUGAGGGACGUCAACUUGUCUUCGAUGGAUGCUCCAUCUAGGUGUUGAAAAACGAGGAUUUGUUGUGCUCUCUCUUUGCAUCUACCUUUUUAUAUUAACGCCUUCUCCUCUAAGUUUCAUCCGAACCACAUUCCUUCAGUAAUGCCUCGUGCUCAGACACCUCCACUACACAUGCAGUCUCCAGUCCGCUUUGUCCUGAUUACCGACGGUGAAACAAAGACUGGCUGCACUUGUAAUCAAUCAUGUUGUCAGCGCGGCUCCCGCGACUCGUGGCACCAUCUUCCCUGUACAUCUCGGUGCAGAGCGAGCAAGUGUACGCCGUGGGCAGAAUGUUUAUUUGUGCAGGAUUUCAUCAGGCAGGCUGCAGACUCAGCACAAUGCUAUAUUGAUCGGGCCACUCGAGGCCACACACACACACACACACACACACACACACUCUCUCUUUGUUCUCUUCCUCCAUCGUGGAACCUUGGAAGGACUGCUGGAUAUGCUUUUCAAUACAUGGCUGUGGCCACAAGUGAACAGCAGUUCACAUGUUUGGUUUUUUUUAACAAUUGUUCAGAGUAAUCUAAAGACUGUUUUGUCUUUUCCCCCGAUAUUACGAGACUUUGGCCAUGAUAUGCAUCAGUGAACUAACUCAUUUGUUCAUUUUUGCCUUGUCUGUUUUCAUUUGUACAAGCUUGUUUUGUCUGCCUUUGUUUGUGUGUGUAAUAAAGUAUUCACCAUUUUCCCAAAAAUGAAGAAAUGAUGGAACAAAAGAAAUGCAUUUCAUGAUUGCCAAUUAAACAUAAAGGAUUAAAACCAAACAAGACAACUUUCAGGAUAAUCUUUUUAA